UAGCCUCUGUCCAAUCACAGCGCUGCAAGCCAGAGGGCUUAAAGAGUUGCAGGAGUACACCUGUAUGUGCUAGCAGUGAGGAUCCGGACAGGUGUAAGCGACUUUGACUAUCCACGCCUUGAGACAAUGACGGAAAAUUCAGGAGUUCGCUGUUUGCAAGUGAUUCUAAUAGUCGGCAAUGUGAUCACUGGUCUGGCUGGUCUAGCCCUGACGGCCGAGUGCAUCUUCUUUGUGUCAGACCAGAAUCGCCUCUACCCACUUCUUGAAGCAACCUACAAUGAUGAUAUCUUUGCAGCUGCAUGGAUUGGCAUAUUCACUGGUUUCUGUUUUUUCUUGCUCUCCAUCUUGGGUAUUGUCGGCAUCAUGAAAUGUAACCGGAGGAUGUUGAUGGCGUAUUUAGUCCUGAUGUUCGUUGUUUUCUGCUUUGAAGUUGCAUCUGCUAUCGUUGCGGCAACACAAAGAGAUUUUUUCACUACUAAUUUAUUCCUGAAACAAAUGUUGGAGUACUACCAAAACAAAAGUGCCAGCAACAAUGACGAACAAUCCAAAGCGAACGGUGUGACAACCACCUGGAACAACCUGAUGCUUAUGAAAGAAUGUUGUGGUGUCAACGGACCUAAAGACUGGCAGGAAUACACCUCUGCGUUCCGCACUUACAACAGUGACUCGGCCUUUCCUUGGCCUCUGCAAUGCUGUGUCAUGGACGCUAAUGGACAACCAUUAAAUUUGGCGUCCUGCAGACUGGGAGUUGAAGGAUAUUUGCAUCUCACAGGCUGCUAUGAUUACAUUUCUGGACCACUGAAUCGUCACGCUUGGGGUGUAGCAUGGUUCGGAUUUGCAAUUUUGUGCUGGACAUUCUGGGUGCUUCUUGGUACAAUGUUCUUCUGGGUCCGCAUUGAAUAUUAAAUUGCAUGAUUUCUUAAUCCUCUUGGAAAUUUUUAAGACGCAAAUGACCUAAGAUCAUGUGGCCAAUAUGGAAGACAGGAUGUGAAGACACCCUUUCCCGAAAUCCAAAGCAUUCUCUCCGACUGAUGAUAUGUUGGCCAGUGGACUUGUUUUUGGAGAAAGAAGGGCAGAACCGUUAAAAAAAUGCUGCCUGAUAUUCACGGCUUUUUUUUUUUUUUUAGAGGUCUUAUGUCAUUGUGCUUGUAUAAGUAUUGUUCUCCUGUGUGUAUAUAUAUAAAUAUAUUAGACCCCAAUGUGUUGCCACCCUGAGCGUCCCAAUGUACAUGAUCUCCCAAAUGAAUCCUGCCCCAAGGUUAGCAGAUUAUACCCUUCCUAUAUCGUCCAUGUUUUUUUUUUUUUUUUUUUUUUUAAAUGUAGCCACUAACUUUCUGCAUUCCAUUUAUUUUUUUAAUUGUGAAUUAAAAUGUAAGAAUUUAUAUAUAAAAUUAAUUGCUCUACUUGCUGGCUGACCAAUAGUAUUAGGCCAAUUUUCCUCUAUAUACACCCUCCUUGCUUUUUGAAAAUC